AUGCCUGAGUACAGAUCCUCGCCGGUUUCGCUGCCAAAGAGUCACCGACUGUCGAAGAAUUCGGUCAAGCCUCUGCAACUCAGUCCGAUGCUCCCAGAGAAGCUCACCUCUGUAGCAACGGCGACGCCGUACUCGCCAGUGCUGUUGUCACCCGUUCCUACUCCAUUGCCACCACCCCCGCUGACUCCAGUCACAACGUACACUAUGUUACCACAGGACACCACACAUGAUAUGAAUUCCAUCGAAGCAUUGUGGCACGGUGAAUUCAGCAAAUUAUUCGUCAAUUACAUGCCGCACGUGUGGUACAUAUCACCAAUAGAACGUGAACCAAAUCGACAAUGGAAAAGAUUUAGAGACAGUGCCAAAGUGAGAUUUUGUUGCCAGAAAUGUGGUCAUGGCUGGACGUCGAUGAAAGGUCGUAUCAUGUUCUGGUUCACACUAAAUCAAGUACGUGGUGAAGGGAUCUUACAUUUCAAACUGUACGGCCAACAGUGUCAAAGAUGCCAGAAUGGUGAUUACGAGUUCGCUAUGUGGUACCCGGAGGAAGUUUACAAAGUGCUCUGCAACGUUUACAACCGAGUUGGACAGAACUUUUAUGGAUUUCCCCAGCAACCAUAUCGCGUAGACCGCCGUAUAGGGAAGCCCAGAAGACAGCACAACGCAGAUCUCUGCCAGGCAUGCCGGGACGGGGAGUGCGACACAAUGCGUCAUCUCCAACACGGUCUGGAACAGCUACAGAUAAAACAAGCUUAAAACAAGAUGGCGUCAAAGGGAACAUCACAAAGAGGCUGAGACUCAAACGACCAUUUCAGUAUUGAGUCAUUAUUAUACAUGUAUGUCCG